CAGACGUUUCCGCGUGUGCGGAACCCGUUGGGCGGGACUUCCAGCGUCUCCUUAGGGCGGUCGUUUUGGGGUCUGUUGGUCCGGUAGCCUGUUCAGUGGCUCCGGAAAGCUGGUGUUGAACUGGGGUAACGAGAGCGGGAAGGCGCGAAAGGAGUCAGGCAUUCUCUUCACUGCACCGAGGCGGGUCUGACGUUGGGGCAGCGGCGCCGGGGGGGACCUGAUUCUGGGUCGGAGACAGGGAUGCCUGGGGCCCGACAUGGUCCGCAGCUGCUGGCCGCGCUCCGCCCACAGACUCCGAUGGCGGCGGCCGUGCUGAGAGUCCCGGCUCAGGUUGCUGUGGCUGCAGAAUCACUUGCAGACCAUGAAGAGGGCCGAGUGACCUUUGAGGACGUGGCUGUCUGCUUCUCCCGAGAGGAGUGGGGGCUCCUUGAUGAGGCCCAGAGGCUCCUUUACCGCAGUGUGAUGCUGGAGAACUUCUCACUGAUGGCCUCUCUGGGACUCACAUCCUCCAGGAUCCAUGAAAUCACUCAGCUGGAGUGGUGGGGAGAGCCCUUUGUGCCUGCCUGUGGAGUCACGACCGCAGCCACGCCAAGAGGUUGGUGGUGUGGAGCAGAGGCUGGGGAGGGAGCACCUGAGCAGAGUCUUCAUGUAGAGGGAGUGCUCAGAGCAAACCUUCACCAACACCAGAAGCUGAACUCUGGAGAGAAACCCUCAAGAAGAGAAGAGGGUGAGGAGGGUGGGAAGGUCUCCCCAAAUAGCUCUGGUCUUCCCAAGCAUCAGAUGGCUCACAGUGGUGGGGAGCCACACAUGAGUGCCAAAAGUGAGGAGGGCUUUCACUCUGGAAAAAGGCAUUACAGAUGCAGCGAGUGUGGGAAAGCCUUUGGUCAGAAAUACUUACUUGUUCAGCACCAGAGACUACACACUGGAGAAAAGCCUUAUGAAUGCAGCGAAUGUGGCAAAUUAUUUAGCCAUAAGUCCAACCUUUUUAUACACCAGAUAGUUCACACUGGUGAAAGGCCUUACGGGUGUAGUGAAUGCGGAAAAUCCUUUAGCCGCAAUGCUGACCUCAUUCAACACCAGAGAGUUCACACUGGAGAAAAGCCUUUUAAAUGCAGUGAAUGUGGAAAAGCCUUCAGGCAUAAUUCCACACUCGUUCAACAUCACAGAAUCCACACUGGAGUAAGGCCUUACGAGUGCAGCGAAUGUGGGAAAUUCUUUAGCUUUAACUCAAGCCUCAUGAAACAUCAAAGAGUUCACACUGGAGAGAGACCUUAUAAGUGCAGUGAAUGUGGAAAAUUCUAUAGCCACAAGUCAAGCCUUAUUAACCACUGGCGAGUUCACACUGGAGAAAGGCCUUAUGAGUGCAGCGAAUGUGGGAAAUUUUUUAGCCAAAGCUCUAGCCUCAUGCAACACCGAAAAGUUCACACUGGAGAAAAGCCUUUUAAGUGCAAUGAAUGUGGAAGAUUCUUCAGUGAGAAUUCUAGCCUCAUUAAACACCAGAGAGUUCACACUGGAGCAAGACCUUAUGAGUGCAAGGAAUGUGGGAAAUUUUUCCGCCACAGCUCCAGCCUUGUUAAACAUCGGAGGAUUCACACUGGAGAAAUGCCUUAUGAAUGCAGCAGCUGUGGGAAAUCAUUUAGCCAGCGUUUCAACCUCAUACAACACCAGAAAGUUCACAGUGAAGAAAAGUCUUGAAUGCAGCUAAUGUUGAAAAGUCUUUAACCAAAGGUCCACUUUGAUUCAGGAACAGAAACUUCACAAUUCAGACAGGCCUUAUGAAUACAGGGGACAUGAAGAAAGAUUUCAGCCAAAGUCUUAACCCUGUUUGGCACCAGAAAGUUCAGACUGGAAAAAGGCCUUAAGAGUGCAGGGUAUGUGCUGUCUCCUAGUCAAACUAACCUAAACAUACAGAGUCUGAGAGUAGCCUUUGUGAGUCAGCCAGUAAUUGAAUAUCAUUCUCUGAGAGUAGCCUUUGUGAGUCAGCCAGUAAUUGAAUAUCAUUCAUCCAAACAGGCACACUGGGGCAGGAUGAGAACUGCUGACCUCCUGCUCCUCCUCAGAGGCUAGUCAUCUGCCUGGCAGUUCUAGUGAGAGGGAGGCUUGUGUCCUUGGCUGCCUCAGUCUGGAGUGGAAUUUUCAUCUCUGAGUUCGCAGCAAGGAGAGAGGGUGUGGUCUUGGUUCAAAUGUGACUGGCUCUUGCUGUUCUGGGUAUUAGAUUUUCUUAAAUAAAUGUUUCUUCAUUUGCUGUAUAUCUAAGGCUCAUUUCCAGAGGCUUUAAAUGGUGUUUUUAUAAUUUUCACCAGUUUCACUGGGAAGCAGGCCUGCAAAGCUCCUCACACUGUCAUGCUGGAAGUUGAUCCAAAUAUUUAACUUUUUAAGAACUUGCCACCUUGCGUUCUAAAUGGCUAUGCCUUCUUCCUGGAGUGUAUUUGAUUUCCAGUUUCUUCACAUCCUUGCUGACCUUCAUAUAUGACAUUGGCCAUUCAUUUUAGCCAUUCUAAUAGGUAUAUAGUAAUAUUUCAUUGUGGUUUUAAUUUGCAUUUCCCUAAUGACUCCCUAUGUAUUUUCCAUCCAGAUAUCUUCUUUAGUGAAUUACCUGUUCAAAGUUUUUUGCCUACUAUUAAAGAAUUGUCUUGCAAUUUCUUAAUAUAUUCUGGAUGCAAGUUACUCAUUUGAUAUAUGCUUUACCAAUAUUUCCUCACAGUCUGUGGCUUUGGUUUUCAUUUCUUAAGAGUAUGUGUCCUAGAGUAGAAUUUCUUACUUUUCAUGAAAUCCAAUUUAUCCAUUUGUUCUUUUAUUGAUUGUACUUUUGGUAUUGUACUCUUUUUCUCUUAGGUAUCUUUGCCUAUAAAAAAAAGC